AUGUCAUCAUCAUCUACAGAACUACCAACCGUCACCAGCGGCUGGGAGCUGCACGGCACCAGCCGCGGCGGCGAUGGCAGCGAGGCGCUGGUAUGGAAUGACUCCCUGCCGUUACCAGCCAUAGGGCCCACAGACGUCCUAGUGCGCCUGCACGCCUGGGCGAUCAACUACCCGGACAUCUCGAUCGCAAACGGCACCUUUCCCUGGUCAUACCCAGAAGAUGGAGAGACCAAGGUCCCCGGGACAGACGGGGCUGGGGAGGUGAUCGCAGUAGGCUCGCACGUGCAGGACCUGCAGCGCCACGACCGCGUCGUGGUGGUCUACUAUCCCAAGUUCCUGCACGGAGCGGCCCCAACCCUCGAUCAGAUGCAGCAAGACCUGGGAACCUUCCGGCGCCACGCCGUCUUCCCCGCUCAAGCCCUAAUCCGCAUGCCCGCCAACCUCACCUACGCCGAGGCCGCCACCCUCCCUUGCUCGGCGCUGACCGCCUGGAACGCCCUGAACGGCCUCACCCCGCUCAAGGCAGGGGAUGCAGUCCUCACGCAGGGCACGGGCGGCGUCGCGCUGUUUGCCGUCCGCUUCGCCCUCGCUGCCGGCGCGACUGUUAUCGCCACCACUUCCUCGGAUGACAAGGCGUGUCGGCUGAGGGAGAUGGGCGUGCAGCAUGUCCUCAACUACCGCGAGGAUCCGGAGUGGGGCGAGAGUGCGCGGCGGUUGACGCGUGAGGGACUGGGUUGUCAGCGAGUUAUCGAGGUCGGCGGCCCGCAGACCAUCGCGCAGUCAUUCCGGUGCGUCGCCCGCGGCGGUGAGAUUGAUGUCAUAGGGUUUCUCGGGGGCCAGGAUGGGAAUGGAGGGCCCUCGUUCCUGGAGCCGCUGCUACGGGCGUGUGUGGUGCGCGGGAUCGAGGUCGGCAACCGCAUCCAAUUCGAGGAGAUGAACCACGCCAUCGAGGCGUUCGAUCUCCGGCCUGUCGUGGAUGAGCGGGUCUUUGGGUUCGGCGAGUUGAGGGAGGCGUAUGCGCAUGUCUGGAAUCGGCGGAUGUUUGGGAAGGUGGUGCUGGCUGAUCAGGUGGAGGAGUAG